AUGUUUCUACCCGUCUUUUCUACCGUUCUCGCGUUUUCUGGGCUGGCCAUGGCUCAUCCAAGGCCUUCACCCUGCCGGGCAUUAUCAGAGCACUCGUUUGCUCAGUUCCGGGGCCAUCCGAACAGGCUUAUGGCUGAGCUGAAAAAGCGGCUUUUUGACGAUGCUGCAUCGUCCAGCAAUUUGGUUUCCCUGAGGAGGAGAGGUACCGAUAAAGCUGUAGUGGGCGCUGCUGUUGGAGGAGUGCUUGGAGGCCUUUUCCUGAUCGCCCUGGUCGUGGCUCUCUUUUGGUUCCUCCGUCGUCGUCGCGGCCAUCGCAAUAGUCAGGAUGGCGAGCCAGAAACUCCGCCCCAGGCCAUAAGUGUUACAACACCCUUCAUGGCGGAUCAUCCUGACUUAUCACGCGACACACACGGCGUAUCUCCUGAAAAACCACGCGAGGCGACCACGCAAGCAUUGAGCGACGGCACUGCUCGACCACAAAGCGGAGUUCGUUCGAAAUCGUCACACGAAAUCGAUCCUCGAUCACUACAGGAGUCAUUGCAAGGCAUCCCGACCGAAUACACAACCGGGCUGGGACUUUAUCAGAAGGAGAACCAGGGGGUACCUCUCCGCGUGGAAUUAGAGGGGUCCAGCGAGUUCAGAGACCAAGUUGGCUCAUUACGGCCCCCGUCGAGAAUCAAGACGGGGCAGCGGCAGUUCAUCGCGGGAUUCAAAAGGACGAUGAGCUUCCGGGGGGCCUAA